AUUCAAAUCUCUCUCUGCGCGUCCAUUCAUUCCCGUAGUCUUUCUCGUGCUCCCGAGGAGGUUCGUACGAGCCGAACGCCUUGGACCGGUCCUGUUGCGCUUCCUUCCCCUCCAUCCUUGCGCCUCUCGGCUCCCCUAGCUCUCUUCCGCACUCCCCACCACCCCCCCGCUCUCUCUCUCUCUCUCUCUCUCUCGCCCCCCCGACUUCAAAGGUACUGGGGGGGUUCGUGAUGGCGAAUCGGAUCUCGGAAAUAAGAGGGAGGCUCGGCGGAGUUCCUUUCCGCGAUUCAGAGUGAGGAGGGAGGGUUUGGCAAAUUCAAGUGUCGUGAUUUGGCAGAUGGACAGGAAAGGUGGAUUGUUGGUGGGGAAUUAGAUUUCGAUUCCUUGACUAUCUUGUUGUUUCUUUUUUUUAAUUCAUUUGAGAUGUCGGGGGAGUGAUCUGGAAAAUAAGUGGAAGGAAAAGGGGAUUUCUUUUGGUAGGCGUCUUUAAUUGCUUUGGGAUAUCUCUUACGUUGGUGGGGAGGAUUGAUGGGGAAUAAGAUGGGAAGGAGGCGGCAGGUGGUGGAUGAGAAGUAUACGCGGCCGCAGGGUCUGUAUGUGCUUAAGGACAUUGAUCACAAGAAGCUGAGGAAGCUCAUUCUCGAGUCCAAGCUGGCGCCUUGCUAUCCAGGCCUCGAGGACUACUCUUUCACUCUCGAAGAGUGUCCCAUCUGCUUCCUGUAUUAUCCGAGCCUUAACCGGUCAAGGUGUUGCAUGAAGGGCAUCUGCACAGAGUGUUUUCUUCAGAUGAAACCACCACAUUCAACUCGCCCGACACAGUGCCCCUUCUGUAAAACUUCAAACUAUGCCGUGGAAUACCGUGGUGCAAAGACAAAAGAGGAGAAGGGCAUGGAACAAGUUGAGGAGCAGAAGGUUAUAGAAGCCCAGAUACGGAUUCGGCAGAAAGAAAUACAGGAUGAAGCGGAAAGGAUGAACAAGAGACAAAGUAUAAGUUCAUCCAGCAGAAUAAUGACUCCAACAGAUGUGAGAUAUCAUGAUACAUACGAUACCUCUAUCUCAGUGCCACCUUUGAAAUGCACAAGACAAUCAAUUGACUUUGGUUCAUCUCAAGCCUCAUGCUCUGCACCUGCAACCACAAGGUUUUCACAAUUGAGACAGAAUAGGGAUGAUAAUUUUGACCUAGAUCUUGAAGACAUAAUGGUCAUGGAAGCAAUCUGGCUCUCGAUUCAGGAGCAGGGAUCUCAAGGCAAUCCAGGUUGUGGUGGCAGCUCUUUGCCUGGACCAUCAACCUCCGGUGAAUGGUACAAUCUCCAUAGAACAGCUCCUGCGAAAUUAUCUUCUUCCGGUGGGCUGGCUUGUGCAGCUGCAGCCUUAGCCGAGCGUCAACAUAUGAAUGGUGAUGCUGCUGCUACUAAUGCUGCCGCCAUUUUACGAGACGGCGGGAGUGAACUGCCGAGGGAGGAGUUUGGGGAGUGUUCGACGGACCAGUGGUCAGAGGUGGCCGAAGCAGGAACCAGCUAUGCAGGCUCCGAUGGGAUGGUGGAAGCAGGGGCAGCAGCGAUAUCACACUCGGAAGGUACGAACAUGGCUUCAGGACUUUCUGUUCCGGAGAGCUUCGAUGAACAGAUGAUGCUGGCCAUGGCUGUUUCACUAGCAGAGGCUCAAGCGAGGACGAGUAGCCAUGGAGUCAGCUGGCAGUAAAUACUGGUGAUUGGCUUUGACGAUCUGCAUCCUGUUCCACUUGGCCAUUUGUUUUUCUUGUGAUAGCUGUUCUCGUUCCUUGAUUGUUAGUUGGUCUCCUAUAUGUGUAUGCUCGAAAAAGGAAGUAAUGGAGAAAAAAAGGAGGAAAAUAUGGUGGUGUCACUUUUGUGGAAUCCAA